AAUGAUCGAAAAAUGUAGGGAACAGAUGGGAAGUGAGAUGAGCUAGGUUAGAUGUGUUUUCGAUUCCCCCCCUCCCCCCUUUUUCGAUUUGGUGAUAAGAACAAAAAUAAACGAAAGCUGUUUUUUAAUUAACACCUGAAAAGUUGAAAACUGUUGAAAACGUUCAGGUUAUUUUCGAACCUUGCUUUUGUUUUUGUCUUUUACAUAGUUGCAUUAUUCUAGUUCUUGACUUAUAUGUAGUGAAAGUAAAAUUCCUAUGGAUCCUACUUCGUCAACAGAUCUCAAUUCACUUUCAGAUCAUGAAAAUGAACUUCAUAGCACCAUAAAUGAUCCUGAGAACGAAUUUAUUGAAGACGAAAUCAUCUUAUGCGUCAUUUGGAAAGGAGGCAAAUUGGGAGCUGCCGUAUUUUUCAUGGAAACAUCAGAAGUACAUGUGCUUCAAGACGCUGUAGACAUAAGACCAGAUUUUCAAAUCAGUAAACAACUAUUUCAUGAAAUCCAUCCUACGACCAUCGUGACAUGUUCCUCUUGUUCUCCAGUAUUCAUAGAAUGUCUAAAGCUACUGGUAGCUGAAGCUGACGCUCAAGCUGGUGAAACAGCGCAGCGAAAACCUAAAAUUAAAUUGAAUUUUUCUCCUAGCUCAUGUUUCAAUUACGAACAGUGUAAAAAACGAGUUCUAGAUAUGAAGAUAGUAAACGCUCCGGUAGAACUUUUGUUGGAAAACAAAACCAACUACUUACACACGUUGAUCAAUUUCGAUUAUAAAAUGAUGAUCUCGGCGUUAGGAGCAUUGUUAUACUUUUUGGAUAAAUUCAUUUCCAAAAUAGCCUUACAGAUGCCUUCGCACAAUAUAUUAUCGAUCAAAACGAUCAACUUGGAAAACCUCGUAUGGAUAGAUCAAGAAUCGUAUAAUGCAUUGGAAAUUUUCACAUCGAAGCUUCAUUCGAGUAGCAGUUCGAAUAAGUGGUCUGCAGAUCUUGAGAUGAAGGAAGGGUUUAGUAUUUACGGUUUGUUUAAUCGAUGUAGUUCGAAAAUAGGAGCACAAUAUAUGAGAGUGCUGCUGAGUCAUCCGUCGAAAGACCUAAAUGAAUUACGAAAAAGGCACGAAGUUAUCGAAUUCUUCAUGAAGAAUGAAAAUGACAUCAUGCAGAAAAAUAUUCGCGAUUCUUUGAAGAACGUUUGCAACGUUUCGAGUAUAAUAACGCAGAUUUUAGGAACUCAGGCAAGCCCUUCACAAUGGAAGACUUUUCAAAAAACUAUUUAUCAUGCUUUGGUCAUCGGAGAAAUUUGUUUUAAUCAUAGAGAAAAGGCUGUAUUCUUCAAAGAAUUGAGUGACUGUUUGAAUGAAAAUCUAUAUGCAAUCAUGAACGUAAUAAAUAAUUUAAUGGAUCCUGCUGCAUCGCAACAGCAUGGCCGAUUUAUAAUAAAAGAAGGAGCUAUUCCCGAACUAGACGAAGUUCGAGAAAACCAAAAAAAGUUACCAAAAAUCAUGGAAGAAAUUGCCGCGAGAGAAUUAUUACGAUUGCCGGAUCAUAUAGAAAGUUGUACCAUCAUUUAUUUGCCAGAAAUAGGAUAUUUAUUAGCUGUUCCAGCCUGGAGAGAUAAUUUAACCCCCGAAGAUUUACAAUUACCUAAUAGUAACUUCAAGUUCUUGCUGAAUAACAUCGCUCAUUAUAAAACUGCCUACUGCGAAGAGAUGGACAACGUAUUGGGUGAUAGUCAUUUGAUAGUGAUGAAGCACGAAACGGAAAUCAUGUAUCAAAUUGUGAAUUUCAUCAGUAAUAAUUUAUCAUUGUUGAAUAAUUUGUUGGAUAAAGUCAAACUUCUAGAUUGUUUAAUAUCAUUCAGCGAUAUCGCCAAAGAAUUAGAUCUCAUCAAACCUGAAAUGGUUUCCGAAAAUGUCGUAAAAAUUGAUAAAGGCAGACACCUAUUGCAGCAAUUAUGCGUUGAUACGUUUGUUCCCAACGAUUACGAUUCUUCUCAUGCUACCAGCUUAGUAAAAAUUUUCACCGGCCCUAAUGCUUCUGGAAAAAGUGUCUAUUUGAAACAAGUCGCAUUAAUCGUGUAUUUAGCACACGUCGGCAGUUUUGUUCCGGCAGAAAAAGCCAUAAUUGGAGUGAUGGAUUAUAUUCAUACUAGAAUUCAAACUACCGAAUCGAUUUCAAAUCAACUUUCAUCGUUUCUAUUGGAUUUAAGACAAAUGUACUCUUGUUUGUACAAUUCCACUCCUAAUACGUUGAUCGCUAUCGAUGAGUUCGGAAAAGGGACUGCAGAUGUUGAUGGACUUUCCCUACUUUCCGCUUCCAUUCAACAUUUCCUAGAUAGGGGCGAGUAUUGCCCUCAUAUACUCGUUUCUACUCAUUUUCACACCCUUUUGAAUUUAAUACCACAAUCGCCGUUAAUCAAAUUACAGACGUUGGAGUUUUUAAUGGAAGACGGAGAGAUUACGUAUUUGUAUAAAGUGAAAGACGGUUCAGUAACUCAAAGUUUCGCUCUUUGUGCUGCAUUCAAUAUGGGAUUUGCUAAGGAUUUGAUCUAUCGAGCUAAGCAAAUUUUGGAGGUGAUGCAAUCAGGAGGAAAUCCUGAGCCAGAUUACCAAAAUUAUAGAAGUUUAUUAACCGCUAGGAGGAAAAAUUGUUUCGAAUUUAUUUUUGAACACGAAAAACAAACCGACGAAGAUUUUCAAGAAAUCAGCACAGCAUUGGAAAACAUAAUCGAUUAACUCGUAUUUCGUAGUAAUAAUUUAAUAAUUUAGGUAAAUGAAAAAUAAAAAAACAAUAGAAAUUUUAUAACAAAACAAAGCGUUUCUUUGGAACUAGUAACAAAAUAAAUAUUUUAAAUUACCUACGCUAGCAUAAAGUACUUGUACAACAGUCGCAAACCUUCGAAUCGCGAAACUAAGAAUCAUGUCAUGAUUUUCCCCAUAAAUACGUAUGAUAUUAGGACGAUCAAUGUCGAAAUAUUGUUUUUAAAAAAUAAUUUGUACAAAGCGUUAAAAAAUUAAAAAACAUAAAAAAAUAA